UACCAUGUGGAGGAAUAAUUGUAGGAUAUCCAUUGUAGUUAUAAUGGCACCAUGUGAAAACUUUGUUUUAGCCUGUAUGUGAAAUUGGUGUCUUUGGUAUUGGAAUUGAUUUCCAAGACUUGUUCAAACCAUGCUACGUCAUGGCCUCUCUGUUUGCAAACACCCUAGGUUUGUAAAGUGGUGCAGUGCCAAAAUUUAGUGCUGCUGGGAAAAUGGUGAAAAACUGAAAAUGUAGGCAUUUUAUAAAGUGGAAAUAAUGUUGGUUAUGUCAGCCAAUGGUGUGACUGUGCGCUCCAUUCAGCAAGUGACCAUUUUUACUGUGGGAGCUAUUAGUUUCCAGGAUUUACCGUUUCAUGUAACACCAGUUUCUGAAGAAGAGCAUGAACUAAACAACACUGUGCCCGCUCGUCCAACACCGGAGCUAAAGUUUGACAUCGAUGAUGAAGCGGAUACUCUUAGUAACCACAACAGCAUCACUGCACUGCUGUCCUCCAAAUUCAGGGAUAUACAGAAGAGGCUCAAGCAGUAUGGUAUUGAAUCACCACGAUUCAGGAAGAGGCUGGUAUCCAGAUGGGAGAGCAUGAAUUAUGAUGUAUGUGAGAAUGUGUUGUACCUUAAAGAUCAAGAAAAGUAUAAAUCAAAGAAAUGGGUGACUCUGAGAUGGUUGAGCAAGUGGUUGGUAAUGUUUUUCAUUGGAAUAGGAACAGCUCUGCUAGCAGCAACCAUUUAUUAUGUCGUGGAAAAGCUAGCUCACUACAAAUUUGAAUUAAUUUCACACUAUUUUGAUGAAUGUGCCAAAAAUAAUUGUUUGUAUCAGCCUGCUUUGUUAUGGAUGGGCAUCAACUUGGUGGUAACAAUAGCAGGGGCAUCUUUGGUCACGUUUUUACAGCCAUUGGCAGCAGGGAGUGGUAUUCCUUACAUUAAGUCGUACCUAAAUGGGAUCAAGAUCCCGGGAUUGCUGACAUUCCGAGCAUUUGUUGCUAAGACUGUGGGCGUUGUUUUGUCCAUUCUUGGAGGCCUGGCCUGUGGAAAGGAAGGUCCCAUGGCCCACUCAGGCAGCAUUAUAGCAGCAGGGUUUGGGAGGGGAAGGAUCAACCUCUGCAAUGGAAAGACCUUUAGUUUCUAUUCAGUGUUUCGUAAUGAUCAUGAGAUCCGAGAUUUUGUGGCUGGGGGCGCAGCAUCAGGGGUAUCCUCAGCCUUCGGUGCCCCGAUCGGGGGAACACUCUUCAGUCUAGAGGAAGCCGCCAGCUUUUGGAAUCAAGACCUUACAUGGAGAGUUUUUUUCUCCUCCAUGAUAGCUUGUUUUGCUACAAACUUUCUUAUCAGUGCCAUAAACGGAGAUCCAACAAAGUUAACAGACCCAGGCUUGGUCCGAUUCAAUGCUUUUAAGUUUGAUUUAAAGUUUGACUUGAUUGAAAUUCCAGUCUUUAUAUUCAUGGCAGUGAUAGGUGGGUUAACUGGUGCUCUCUUUGUUGUGAUGAAUUAUAAACUCACAGUUUUCCGAAAAAGAUAUCUGGACAAGAAAUGGAUAAAGAUAGUCGAGGCUGGGCUAGUGGCAGUGGUAUCUGCUGCAGUAGCCUUCGGGUUGAUGGUUGGAGUCAACGAAUGUACAGACAAAGCCCCAUUUGACAGCCAUGCUGUCACAGCUUCCGUGUAUUGUUCAGAUAAGAGUCAUAACAGUUUAUCCACGCUAUUUCUUACAACACCGGAAGGUUGUCUGAAGGCACUGCUUCACGAUCCAUUUGAGAUGCACGGUCCGGUCAGUUUGGUGGCCUUUAUCCUGGUCUUCUUCUUACUGGGGGUCUGGACCUAUGGCCUGAGUGUGUCCAGUGGUGUCUUUAUCCCCUGUCUGGCUAUCGGCGCCGCCUGGGGGAGACUGGUCGGUAUAGGGGUGGCCAACAUGAUGCCAGAAAAUCCCAACCUGGCUGCCAAUAGCUCACUGAUUAAGCAACUAGAUGUGGGUAAGUUUGCCCUGAUUGGUGCGGCCUGUCAGUUGGGCGGGAUCCUGAGAACUACCAUCAGUCUGACCGUCAUUAUCGUCGAGUGUACGGACGAUAUUUCAUUUGGACUGCCCAUCAUGAUUGUCCUCAUGAUUUCUAAGUGGGUUGGAGAUUUCAUCACCACUGGUUUGUAUGACAUGAACGUUGAGGUGAUGGGUCUCCCUACUCUACCGUUUGAGUGUCCGCCCCUGUGUGACGACCUCAGAGCAAGUGAUGUCAUGAAUGCUCCACUCGCCACUUUUAAAACAAAAGAAAAAGUGGCCAACAUUUACAGGAUGUUGAAGGAGGAGACAUUUUGUGGAUUUCCUGUCAUUGAAGAUGAUCCUAGGUCUCCAGGAAAAGGCAAGCUAAAGGGACUUAUUCUUAGGAAUCAGCUACUAGUUCUGCUGAAGAAAAAGAUAUUCUGUCCAGAAGGCCAGGUACCACCAAGAAACAUAACCAUCAAAGACUUCCGAGAUUUCUAUCCUGUGUAUCUGAAAGUUUCUGAAAUAGAGCUAUCAGAGGAGGAGAUGACAUAUGUUAUGGAUCUGAAGCCGUACUAUAACCCCUCCCCCUACACUGUGGAGCAGAAAUUCUCACUGCCCCGUGUGUUCAACCUAUUCAGGGGUCUUGGACUUCGACAUCUCAUUGUCACAGAUGAAAAUAAUGUGCCUGUGGGUAUAGUGACAAGAAAAGACUUGGCUAAAUUCCGAGUAGGGUCAAAAAGAGGACUUGUGAAAAUUGAGCAGCUGAAAAUCCAGGACAAGUGAGAGAAACAGUUCCAUGACGGGAGUCUCUAUGUAGCCAUGUAGUGAUGAACUGCAAACCUAUAUCUGACUUAGAGCUAGCUAAAUCAUGGUACUCUAGUGUUCAUUGUUCUCAGGGGAACAGACACACAGAUCUCCAUACGCUGUGAUUCCAGGGGCCGGUGGGGCAUUGUCCAUCGAUCAGGAUCUUCAGUUCUUGAAAUAAUUCUAUAGGCUUAGUUUGUGAACAAAGCGAUGUGUAUUUUAUACUACCUUUAUCUAUGCAAUUAUGGUGUUAAAUUGUUCCUGUGUUUUUGUUAUCGAUGAUUAUGUUUUUCUAUAUUAAUGUAUUAUGACGGCUUUGAUGAACUACAUUCCAUGUUGUAUAUAGUAUACAAUUUACAAUGUAGUGGGACAGAUGCCCUUUUUUACUGCAACAGAGUAAUAUAAUGUUAAUUUUGUAAUUUGAUGCAUUCCAUAAAGGGUAAUUAUGACAGAGUACAUGUGUAUUUUAUACUAGGCUGUGUCUGAUGUUGAACAUUUUUGGGAACUGGUUUCCCCAGAAAAUCAAAUAAUCUACAACAAAUAUUCAGCAACUGCACUUGCAUUGUCAGUGCAGCAAAGAAAUUCUGUUUUUCUUGUGGUUGUUUGUUUUACACACUGGGUAUUCUAUUAAUGCCAUAGACAGUUUGUGCCAAACAUUUUCAUGUUUUUACCCAAGAUGUAGAUUUUUAUUUCCCUGUUUUAGGUUGACAUUUUAUUGAAUGAAAAGUUCUGUUUGGUUUUGUCUAUUUCCAUUAUUUGCUUAUAACUUUUCAUUAUUGGUUUAGAAAACCCAUUUUAGCCAGAAUUUGCAGGUGCUUAUACAUGUAACUGAAUGGAGAAAACUGUACAUUAUAUAUAAA